CCCCCCUCUGGUUGACUGGCAGAAAUUCCUGCAAGCCUAAAGGGCCCCUCUUCAAAGUCACCUCCCGCCCCUCUUUGGCCCAUUGACCCCUCCAAAAGCCCUGGAUGCUGAGUUCGUUCCGGCGACUGGCUAGCCUGAGACGGGAACCGCUUCUCAAACUUCCCUCGGCUUUCAUCCUGCCAUCGCCUCGAUACUACUCCCUUCGACGACCCGCAAACAUGGCUCCCGACGCGUCCGAUGCCGCUGCAGCUGCCGCUGCCGCUGCCGCUCCCGCGGUCGAUCCGGGAACAGUCAAGAAGAACGAGAAAAAGGAGAAAGCCAAGGCUGAUAAGGCGGCCAAGUUCGCGGCUAAGCAGGAGAAGUUGAAACAGCAGCAGCCCAAGAAAGAUGCUGCUCAGCCUGCUCAGAAGGCUCCCAAGGCCCAGGCUCCCGCUCUGCCUCCCUACAAAGACGAGACCCCGGCCGGCGAGAAGAAGAUCAUCCAGCCCUUCGACCACCCGCAUUUCCAGGCAUACAACCCCAAGGCGGUCGAGUCGGCCUGGUACCAGUGGUGGGAGAAGAGCGGCUUUUUCCAGCCGCGACCAGCGCGGUCACCUGACGCCGGGAAGUUUGUCAUUCCUCUACCGCCUCCCAAUGUGACUGGCGCCCUGCACUGCGGCCAUGCCUUGGCCAACUCGCUCCAGGACACUCUGAUUCGGUGGUACCGGAUGAGGGGGUUCUCUACGCUCUGGGUCCCCGGUUGCGACCAUGCUGGUAUCUCGACACAGUCCGUGGUCGAGAAGAUGCUUUGGAAGAAAGAGAAAAAGACGCGUAUCGAGCUUGGACGAGAGGCCUUCACGAAACUCGUCUGGGAGUGGAAGGGAGAGUACCAUAACCGCAUCAAUAACGCCCAGAGGCUUAUGGGUGGGUCGAUGGACUGGUCACGCGAGGCGUUCACCAUGGACGAAAACCUGAGUGCGGCUACCAUGGAGACCUUCUGCCGCCUUCACGAAGAAGGCUACAUCUACAGGUCCAGCCGCUUGGUCAAUUGGUGUACGCACUUGCGGACCGCCCUCAGCUCGUUGGAGGUGGAAAAUAAAGAGAUCACCGGCCGCACCAUGCUCGAUGUGCCAGGAUAUGACCGGAAAGUUGAAUUCGGCGUCCUGACAUACUUCAAGUAUCCGAUCGACGGCACGGACCAAACAAUCGAGGUUGCAACCACCCGUCCCGAGACCAUCCUCGGCGAUACUGGUAUUGCCGUUAGCCCCGGUGACCCCCGCUACGCUCAUCUAGUGGGCAAGUUCGCGCGCCACCCAUUCACAGAUCGUCUCCUUCCUAUUGUUGAAGACAGCUAUGUCGAUCCGGAGUUCGGUACAGGUGCUGUCAAGCUGACUCCCGCCCACGACUUCAACGAUUACAAGCUGGGUGAACGCCACAACCUGGAGUUCAUCAACAUUUUGAACGAGGAUGGCACUCUCAACGAGAAUGCUGGCCCGAUGUUCCAGGGCCAGAAGAGGUUCCAUGCUCGGUAUACCGUGGUCGAGGAGCUAACCAAGCGCGGGCUUUUUGUCAAGAAAGAACCCCACGCGAUGGUCAUCCCGCUGUGCGAAAAGACGAAGGACGUCAUUGAACCGUAUAUGACGCCGCAAUGGUGGGUGCGUAUGAAGGAGAUGGCGGAGGCUGCACUGAAAGUCGUCGAGGAGGGCAAAAUCAAGAUCAGCCCCGAGAGUGCAAGGAAAUCCUACGACAGGUGGCUGUCAAAUGUCAACGACUGGUGCAUUUCUCGUCAGCUUUGGUGGGGCCACCGCAUUCCGGCUUACCGUGUUAUCCUUGAUGGAGAAGAGGACCGGGGUGAGACCGACAAAUCCGUGUGGGUUGUUGGCAGGACGCCAGAGGAAGCCCAGGCGAAAGCCGAGGCCAAGUUCCCCGGGAAGAAGUUCCGCCUGGAACAGGACCCUGACUGCCUGGACACUUGGUUCAGCUCUGGGCUGUGGCCCAUGUCUACCCUGGGCUGGCCCAACACCGAGCAUCCUGAUUUCAAGAACUUCUUCCCCACCAGCAUGCUGGAAACGGGUUGGGAUAUCUUGUUCUUUUGGGUCAGCCGCAUGAUCAUGCUCAGCCUCAAGUUGACGGGCCAAGUUCCCUUCACCGAGGUGUAUUGCCACAGUCUCAUCCGCGACUCUGAGGGCAGGAAGAUGAGCAAGUCGCUUGGUAACGUCAUUGACCCUCUCGACAUCAUCAGCGGUAUCGACCUUGAGUCGCUCCACGCAAAGCUCCUGACGGGCAACCUGAAGGAGGACGAGAUUGAGCGCGCCACGAAGUAUCAGAAGACUGCUUUCCCCGGUGGUAUCCCCGAGUGUGGAGCAGACGCCCUCCGGUUCACUCUGCUCUCGUACACCACGGGUGGAGGCGACAUCAACUUUGACAUCAAGGUGAUGCACGCCUACCGCCGGUUCUGCAAUAAGAUCUGGCAGGCCAGCAAGUAUGUCCUGGGCAAGUUGCCCCAGGAUUUCGUCCCGGCUUCGGAGUUGAACAUUUCGGCUCUCUCCGUGCCGGAGCGCUGGAUACUUCAUCGCAUGAACUCUGCCGUCAAGGGCAUCAACGAGGCACUCGAAGCCCGGCAAUUCUCUACUAGCACAAAGCUCGCAUACCAAUUCUUCUAUGAUGAGCUGUGCGACGUCUUCAUUGAGAAUAGCAAAGGCAUCCUGAGCGAUGGGACCCCAGAGCAGCAGCAGAGCGUGCAGCAGACAUUGUAUCGGACGCUGGAUGUCGCAUUGCGACUGCUGCAUCCGUUCAUGCCCUUCAUUACAGAGGAGUUGUGGCAGCGUCUCCCGCGUAUCAAGAACGAUACGACACCUUCCAUCAUGCUGGCUCCGUACCCUGAGCCGGAUAGCUCGCUAGAAUUUGCGUCGGAUGCUGAAGAUUACGAACUCGGCCUUCAGUGCGCCGGCGGUCUUCGCUCCUUGGCUGCUGACUACAAUAUUCGUUCGGACGGGCAAGCUUUCAUUAAGGUAUCCACGGCAGCAAGCCUGGACAAGGUCAGGGCGCAGCUCCAGGCUAUCAAGACUCUGUCCGGCAAGGGCAUUGCCGAGGUUAGCGUUCUCGGUCCCGACGCGGACGAGGCCUCGUCACCAAGGGGCUGCGCCGUUUAUGUCGUCUCCGCGGACGUAGCUGUGCUGCUGCAAGUUAGCACGCAGAUCACAGACAUCGAUGCGGAGAUCAAGAAGAUCAACACCAAGCUGCAGAAGACCGAGCUCGCCAUUAAGAAGCAGCAGGAGCUGAUGGGCCGUGAGGGCUUCGAAAAGGUCAGCGAUGUGGUCCUCACUGCCGAGAAGAAGAAGUUGGCCGAUGCUCAGGCGGCGAAGGAGAACUACGAGAGAACUCUGGCCGAGUUUAGCAAACUAAAGCUCUGAACUUGGAAUUGGCGAAGCUUCUGUUAGUUAACAGUACUCAAUAGAACUUCCCGGAGUUCUUUGUUUUUAGUUUCAAUUUUCUCUGCCACACGAUAGUCCUGAUUCUUGAAUGCUUGUAAGUUUCGACCAAUGUACGGAUUAGCUACGACGGGAUCGUUGCAAUUGCCCCGAGCAGGCUCGCAAACUUUUUCUCAACAUCAAUGGCGGGAAUGAGUUGAGACCUUGCGCACAACCAACCAAAAAAAAAAAAAGGAAACCUUUCUGACACGAUCAAGUCAAGACGUCUCUUCCCUCUAGUUAUGUGAGGAUAACGUCG